CUCAGCCAUGUCAACUUCCAGGUUAAUCAUCCUCGUAGUAAUUAUACUCUUCUUUAAUGCAACAUUUCUUGAAGCACAGAGUGGGCAUCUUCCUCCAAAUGAAUUUUGUUGAAUGUAUAUGGAAGUAAAUGCACUGAAGGAAAUAGCAGAUCAACUGGGGAAGAAGGAUUGGGAUUUUAGACUAAAUCCUUGUGACAACAACUCUAACUGGAUGACACCAAAAAGGAAUGAUACGCCUCAGUACAAUAAUACUCUCACUUGCGAUUGUAGCUUUCCCGGUGGCAUUUGCCAUGUUCAAAGCAUAAUUUUGAAGGGACAGGAUCUGGAAGGUGUUCUUCCUUCUGCCUUGGUGAAGUUACCCUUUCUUAAGAUAAUUGAUUUCACCCGCAACUACUUAAGUGGUACAAUUCCCCCUGGAUGGGCUUCUAUGAAAUUGGAACUUCUAUGUGUUAGUGUGAAUCGAUUGUCUGGACCAAUUCCAAAAUACUUGGGAAACAUAACAACUCUUAUAUAUUUAAGCUUAGAGAACAAUAUGUUCAAUGGAAGUGUUCCACCCGAGCUUGGGAAACUUAUGAACUUACAAAAUCUCAUUCUUAGUGCUAAUUAUAUCACUGGUAAAUUGCCAAAAGAAGUACUUAAUGGUCUCACAAAUUUGACAGAAUUUAGGCUCAGCAGUAAUAACUUCACUGGAAAAUUGCCUAGAUUUCAAACUUUCAAAAACCUUCAAAAAUUAGAGCUUCAAGCAAGUGGUUUUGAAGGACCCACUCAAAAUAUUUUUGUACCAACAAGCUUGAUAGAACUUAGAAUCAGUGACCUAAAUGGAGGAGGUGUCUCUGGAUUUCCUACAUUUACCAACUUGACCGGCAUGAGAUUUUUGAUGUUGAGAAGGUGUAAUAUUUCUGGGAAGAUACCUGAAUAUAUAGCUAAUAUGACAAGCUUGAGACAACUAGAUUUGAGUUUUAAUCAUCUGGAAGGAGGGAUUCUUGUGCUUCAAGGUCUUAAUAAACUGCAGUACAUGUAUCUAACGAACAAUUUUCUUACCGGGCAAGUUCCUCAAUGGAUUCUAAAUCGGGGUUCCUUAUAUUACAUAGAUCUUUCUUACAAUAAUUUCAAGGAGAACUCUGUGUCACCAAUUUGCAAUCAGGAAACUCUGAAUUUGUUCAAAAGCUAUAAUGGAGGAGAAAAUGAAGAAACUGAUAAGUGUCUAAAGAAUUGCACAAAAGAUUGGUAUUCAUUUCACAUCAAUUGUGGUGGAGGCAAUGUUUUGGUUGGUGACACUACAUAUGACGCAGAUGAUGAUUCUACUGGCCUUGCAAAAUUUGUUCACAAGAGAGAGAACUGGGUAACGAGUAAUACCGGGUACUUCUGGGAUAAAAAAGUAAUAGUAUCUGACUAUACGACAACAAAUAUAUCUGUAAUCAAAGGAGAGGACCUCGAAAUCUACAAGACAGCUCGUUUGUCUCCUUUGUCUCUAACAUAUUACGGACGUUGUCUAGCAAAUGGAAACUAUACAGUGAAACUUCAUUUUGCAGAGAUAGUUAUAAGAGACAAUAGAUCUUUUGAAAGCCUUGGAAGACGCAUAUUUGAUGUUUAUAUACAGGGCGAAAGGAAAUUAAAGGAUUUUGAUAUUAGAACUGAAGCACAAGGUGUUGAUAAGGCCUUGGUUAAACAAUUUCAAGCAGUUGUCAUAGAUAAAACUCUAGAGGUGCGCUUUGAGUAUGCUGGAAAAGGAACAACAGCAUCUCCACGUAGAGGAACAUAUGGACCGCUAAUAUCUGCCAUUUCUGUAGAAUCUGAUUUCAAACCUCCCAAGAACAGAAAGACUUUAAUCAUAGUUGUUUCUAUAGCUUCUUCUUCAUUUCUUAUUUUCACAAUCCUCUGUUUUGCUGGGUGGAAGGUCUACAAUAAAAGCAAGACCUCUCACGAAGAACUACGAGGCCUUGACCUAAAAACUAGUCUAUUUACUUUUAGACAAAUUAAAGUCGCUACAAACAACUUUAAUGUUGCAAAUAAGAUUGGGGAAGGUGGUUUUGGACCAGUAUACAAGGGUACAUUAUUGGAUGGUACCGUUAUUGCUGUAAAACAGCUAUCAACCAAAUCAAGACAGGGAUACCGUGAAUUUUUGAAUGAAAUUGGCAUGAUUUCUUGCCAACAACAUCCUAAUCUCGUGAAACUCUAUGGGUGUUGUGUUGAGAGAAAGCCAUUGUUGUUAGUGUAUGAGUACAUGGAAAAUAACAGCCUUGCCCAUGCUCUCUUUGGUCCAGAAGAGCUUGGCCUGAAAAUCGACUGGCCUACCAGACAAAAUAUUUGUGUUGGUAUUGCAAAAGGUUUAGCUUUUUUGCAUGAAGAAUCAACAAUAAAAGUUGUUCAUAGAGACAUUAAGACCACCAAUGUGCUUCUUGACAAAGAACUCAAUCCAAAAAUUUCUGACUUUGGUUUAGCUAAACUCUAUGAUGAUGAGAAGUCGCACAUUAGCACAAGAGUUGCUGGGACAUUGGGAUACACAGCUCCAGAAUAUGCAUUGUGGGGCUACUUAACAUUCAAAGCUGAUGUCUAUAGUUUUGGUGUGGUGGCAUUGGAAAUUGUUGCAGGGAAGAACAACAUGAAGUAUCGUCAUGAUGAGGAGUGUGUUUGCCUUCUUGAUUGGGCACUUGUUCUUCAAGAAAAAGGAACCCUAAUGGAGCUAAUUGAUCCAAGAUUGCAUUCUGAUUAUGACAAAGAAGAGGCACUCAGAAUGAUCAAAGUGGCUUUGCUUUGUACUAAUACUUCCCCUGUGCUUAGGCCAUCCAUGUCUGCAGUAGUCAACAUGCUUGAAGGUCAUGAUGAUAUUCUCAAAUGCAAUUCUAAUCUACAUGAAUCCAAUUUUCAAGAAAUAAAAGAUCAUUAUGAUGAAAUGCCGGCUGACUUAAGCGAUAUGAUUCUCCCUACAGAGUAAAUUUUUUGUUUGGAUGCAAAUUAACCAUCGUUAUAUAUAUUUGUAGUAGCUAGUCGUGAUAGAUACUACAUUUACUAAAAUUCUCUAGUUUUCAUUUGUCUAGUUUUUCAUUCUCCAUUCCCUAGUUUCAAAGUUAGAAACAAUAUAAGUAAACACAUUUUUUGUUUUUCAUUAUCCUAUUUUCCAUAUCUGUAAAAAAUGGAAAAUGUGUCUAGUUAUAAAUAAACUCUUCAGGUUUCCUACCUUCCAAA